AUGAAUUGUAUUGAAAACAAUUUAGUGGUUUUUCAGGAACCAAGUCGAGAUUUCAGUGAACAAUACCAAAACGAUUUGUUGGAUCGAACACAUGAAGCGUUUGACUUUUUACGAAUGGAUAAUACGAUUGGUGGCGAGAUGAUUUGGAAUUUUGCGGAUUUUAUGACAGCUCAAGGUGUAACGCGAGCCGUCGGGAACCACAAAGGGGUACUGACCAGGACUAGACAACCCAAAAUGGCAGCAUAUACGAUGAAACGACGAUAUGAAAGACUGGCACGACAAGAACGCAUUUUUGCUUUGCAGCAAAGUAAUACGAUGAAACAAGACUGGAGUAGUCAUCUGCUGGCUCCUUCAACAAGCACCACUUGGCCGACGACAGAUGCGACGAAUAUUGUAGAAGGGCUCGAAAAUGAAGAAGAUUUAGUUACUACAGAUAGAAGUAUAAGUGAGGACGCGGAUUUGAGUGGAGAUACGGGUAGAGGUGUUGGGUUGGAUAUGGCUAGAGGCAGGGAAACGGGCACGGGAUCGGAAGAUACGGGUGUUUUAUAG